CACCCAUCUAAAAUCCCGUUUUCACUCCGUAUCCGAAAAAAAUCGCAAUAGACAGAGCGGGAGCGAUUCAGAGCUAUGCCGGCGACCGAUGAUCUGGAGAGCCGGAUUCCGGCAAAGAACAGAGGGAUCGGAAGCGAAAGCGCCGGAGUGAUCCGCGGUGGGCCACCUUCGGUGGCGGUGGCACCGUCGUAUGUAGUGGACGAGGAGGCGGAGAUGCAGUGGACGUCGUGGCUUGUGCCGAUGUUUGUGGUGGCGAAUAUUUCGGUCUUCAUCGUGGUGAUGUACGUCAACAACUGCCCGAAGCACGCUAAGUCCCACCGUCUCGACGGGGACUGCUGGGGGAGAUGUGCCUUCGAGCCUCUUCGGGCUAAUCCCCUCUUCGGUCCGUCUUCUCGCACAUUGGAGAAGUUGGGAGCGCUCGAAUGGAGUAAAGUCGUGGAAAAACAUCAAGGUUGGCGACUUGUGACAUGUGUAUGGUUGCAUGCUGGUGUUAUCCAUCUUCUUGCAAAUAUGCUAAGCCUGGUUUUCAUCGGCAUUCGCCUUGAGCAGCAAUUUGGUUUUGUUAAGAUCGGGGCUAUAUACCUAGUGUCAGGAUUUGGUGGGAGUGUAUUAUCGUCACUGUUUAUCAGAAACUAUAUCUCGGUGGGAGCCUCUGGUGCGCUGUUUGGCCUUCUCGGCUCAAUGCUUUCCGAGCUAUUAACGAAUUGGACAAUCUAUACCAACAAGGUUGCAGCCCUACUUACGCUUGUGUUUAUCAUAGUCAUAAACCUGGCCAUUGGGAUUUUGCCUCAUGUCGAUAAUUUUGCUCACAUUGGUGGAUUUCUUGCGGGGUUCCUCCUGGGUUUUGUUCUGCUGCCUCGACCCCAGUUCGGGUGGUUAGCAAGCCGGCAUAUGCCACCGGGCACGCGUCUGAAGUCGAAGUACAAGCCUUACCAGUACAUUCUAUGGCUAUUAUCUUUGAUCCUCUUGAUUGCCGGGUAAGGAAGAACACUGCUUUUCCUUCACAUUCUCGUGUUAGCAUGCUGAAAUUUUUGGGAAAUUCCUCAAGAGAGCUUCUUCUCAUAUAUAUUCGAGAUUCCGAUAGAUUUGAAGAUAUGUUAUGAACUAAUGUUUGUGGUUGA